AUGAACGCAAGUACCAUAGAUCAGAAAGAACUGAACAUUUUGAUUUCAAGAGUGAAAGCGUCAAAGGAAAAUUUGUAUAUUUUGAACGGAAGAUUAUUACCUACUUUUGAGGAUGACCAGAUCGAAGAAGAAUGCGAGGAGAUUGUCGAGUUUGAUGAUGCUGCCGUUACAAUUAUUGCAAAAAUGGAGCAGAUAGUUAGUCAGAAAUCCCAAGUGAAUACCGGAUGUCCAUCCCUAGAAUCGCAACUGAAUGGAGGAGGUGAAGUAUUGACAUCCACAAGAAAUGUUCACCAAGCUAAAUCGGUGAGAUUACCUAAACUAGAUUUAUUGAAUGUGAAGAUUGUCGAGAGGGCGAAUACUGCUUCAGCAGGAUCUCCUCAGACUCAGAGUAUUGCUGAAAUAACGAUAGAAAGCAUCAAUUUGAAAGUGCCACAUCUCACACACAACGAUGACAUAAAGUUGCAGCUGUUGACACGUAUCAAAGCAGAUGAGUCUAUGAUGAUACCGUUUCGCCGAUGGGAAUUGCACGAGCUGAUAGCACUCACACAAGGAUCUACCAUAGAAAUCUGGUCCGUAAAGACAUGUUCUGCAUUGGACAGUCCAAGAUAUGUUAUAGUAGUUUUCCAAACGAAAAAAGUCGAUAAUUUGCAUGAAGACGUCACCUUGUUCGAUAAUGCCAACAUGAAAUCCAUACGAUUGGCUCUGAAUAGCGACUAUUAUCCGCAAGAAAAAAUGCUAUUGGACUUUUCCAAAGACCAAUAUGCUGACGCUCACUUCAACUAUACAGAGUUCAACAAGAGCUACCAUAACUGUCAAGAAAAGCGCUCUCUAGUAAACUUUGCCGAAUUCAAAUCCCGACCAAUGUUUGUUAUCGAUUGCUCGAGGCGCUAUCUGGGUCUAAAGUCGUCUACAGUUGACAUGAAAGUCGUGCAACAAGGGGCAGACUUUGGCAGCUACUGCAGAGUGCAGACAACAAUUUGGAGAUUGACAAGACCAGAGGAUCAAUGA